AUGUCGCAUAUAGGCAGCGGUCGCCUAGCAGUAAUAACAUUUAGUAUUUGCACCGUGGUGCUCGGAAUAGUCCUGUCAUUUGUGCCAUGGCUAGAUUAUAUUAUAUUAAGGGAAUUACGCUUAUGGAAUGGAUCGCUGAGCUACAGUUACUGGCAAAGGCCAGGAGUGAUAAGAUUAACCAAAGUCUACAUCUUCAACGUGACCAAUCCGCAGGGAUUUUUGGAAAAUGGAGAAAAACCAAAGUUGAAUGAAGUCGGGCCUUUUGUCUAUAGGGAAGACAUGGAAAAGGUGAACAUAAAAUUCCACGACAACGAUACGGUGACAUAUCAACACAACAAAAUACUGCGAUUUGUGCCGGAACUCUCCGUGGAUAAGUCACAGAAACUGGUUGUGCCGAAUAUACCGCUUCUGACCGUUACAUCGUUCUCUCCAAACAUGGCGUCUUUCGUGUUUAAUCUUCUCGUCUCAGGGCUGUCUCUGACAUACCGAGAGAGAGCUAAACCCUUUGUCCACGUCACUGCUGAGGAACUAGUAUUUGGGUACAAUGACCCGUUAGUCACAUUGGCACAUUAUUUCUAUCCAAAGGGCAAGCGACCUAACAGCCAAAUGGGAUUGUUAUUAGCGCGAAACGGAACAUUGUCCGAAGUAUCAACGAUUUAUGCCGGUCAAGAUAUGAAGAAAUUCGGUUAUCUGGACAAGAUUAAUGGUCUGGACCACCUGCCACAUUGGAAGGAGAAACCCUGCACUAAUAUUAGGGCAUCUGAAGGAUCUUUCUUCCCCCCUCGGUCAGUCACUAAAGAAGACAUCGUUUAUAUUUACGACAAAGAUCUGUGCCGAAUCCUACCCAUGAAGUACCGUAAAGAUACGUAUAAAGACGGUAUCAAAGUAGCUUUAUACACACCCCCAGAGUCAACGCUAGAGAGUGCGGAACUCAACCCAGACAACAGAUGCUACUGCGAUGGAAAUCAAUGCCCCAAACGGGGACUGCAGAACAUCAGUCCUUGUCAAUACAAUGCACCAGUAUACCUAUCAUAUCCCCACUUCUAUGAUGCUGAUCCAAGUCUACUUGAGGCGGUGGAAGGUCUUUCACCAGAUAAGGAAAAACAUGAAAGCUACUUCUUGAUACAGCCUAAAAUCGGAGUUCCACUUGAGGGUCAAAUUCGCGUGCAGCUAAAUUUGAAAGUGGAUAGCGCUUCAAAUAUUCGCGUGAACAACAUUCACAAGUUUCCUGACAUGGUGUUCCCGGUGAUGUGGCUCCAAGAGGGCAUCGAAGAAGUAACAACACCAAUAUGGCGUUUGAUAUUCCUCGCCACUGCAUUUGGUCCAGUCUUCGCUCCCAUCGUAUCCUACUCUCUAAUAAUAUGCGGAAUACUUCUCAUAAUCUACGUCUUUAUAAAAGCCUACAAGAAAUUCGUAAUAGGCCAAAACUCGAUCGAAAUAGUCGAACUUGGGCGCGAAACUCUUCGCCGUGGCUCAACUUUGAUCAUUAACGGAUCAAAACUAUUAAAUCACAAGGAAACGUCGUAUCAACCCUUACGAAAGUCAACUUCAACAACAAGUAGCGGUGAAGAAACGCUACAAGAGUUAACUUAUAUUGAUAAAUCGGAAAAUUUAAGUCAAAGUAUGGAUGAGUUAAAGAGCAUAUUGAAUAGGGAUUUUGUCAAGAGUAAUUUUAAUGAGGCCGAGCGGGAGUCGUUAAUACGGGCAGAUAAUGCCUUUAUUUUAUCUGAACAUAGGCGAUAUAGUGUUUUUAAAAUACCGGAGAGUUUGAAGUGA